AUGUCCGUGCAUGUGGCCGCAGCAGCCUUGCACAAGAGGGUGCUGGCUGGCGUGAAGAUUCCUGGGCACCUGGAUACAGAACUCCAGUCUCCGGCGCUGCUCACCACACUGGAGCGUUACACCCAGACAGAGGACCCCGUGACGGAGCACCCAGCGACGGAGCACCCAGCGACGGAGGACCCAGCGACGGAGCACCCAGCGACGGAGGACCCAGCGACGGAGCACCCAGUGACGGCGGACCCAGUGACGGAGCACCCAGUGACGCAGCACCCAGUGACGGAGGACCCAGUGACGGAGCAUCCAGCAACGGAGGACCCAGCGACAGAGCACCCAGCGACGGAGGACUCAGCGACGGAGCACUCAGUGACGGAGCACCCAGUGACAGAGGACCCAGUGAUGGAGCACCCAGUGACGGAGGACCCAGCGACAGAGCACCCAGCGACAGAGCACCCAGCGACGGAGGACCCAGCGACGGAGCACUCAGCGACGGAGCACCCAGCGACGGAGGACCCAGUGACGGAGCACCCAGCGACGGAGGACCCAGCGAUGGAGCACUCAGUGACGGAGCACCCAGUGACAGAGGACCCAGUGAUGGAGCACCCAGUGACGGAGGACCCAGCGACGGAGCACCCAGUGACAGAGCACCCAGCGAUGGAGGACCCAGCGAUGGAGCACUCAGUGACAGAGCACCCAGCGACGGAGGACCCAGUGACGGAGCACCCAGUGACAGAGGACCCAGUGAUGGAGCACCCAGUGACGGAGGACCCAGCGACAGAGCACCCAGCGACAGAGCACCCAGCGAUGGAGGACCCAGCGACGGAGCACUCAGCGACGGAGCACCCAGCGACGGAGGACCCAGUGACGGAGCACCCAGCGACGGAGGACCCAGCGACAGAGCACCCAGCGACAGAGCACCCAGCGAUGGAGGACCCAGCGACGGAGCACUCAGUGACGGAGCACCCAGCGACGGAGGACCCAGUGACGGAGCACCCAGUGACGCAGCACCCAGUGACAGAGGACCCAGCGACGGAGCACCCAGCGACGGAGCACCCAGCGAUGGAGGACCCAGUGACGGAGCACCCAGUGACGGCGGACCCAGUGACGGAGCACCCAGUGACGGAGGACCCAGCGACGGAGCACCCAGCGACGGAGUACCCAGCGACGGAGGACCCAGCGACGGAGGACCCAGCGACGGAGGACCCAGUGACGGAGGACCCAGUGACGGAGGAAGGGACGCUGCCCUGCGACGGGCUUGCUUUCAGCUUUGCACUGAGAACAGAAACCACUGUGCUCUGUCUCAAGCUGGUGUCAAAUAUUCAUCAGAUCAACAAUGGCCUGUAUUAG